AUGUCCUACUACGACAUAGACGCGAUCCUCACAGAGGCAGAAAAAGUCCCCUGCAAAUUCGAACUCGACGUCCCCGACCUCGGCCACCUCGACAACAACCCCUCCCAACCCCUCAAGUCCGGCACAAACCUCACCCUCCCCCUCUGGCUCGCCGAAAUGCUCGCCAUCUCCUCCACCGGCGAAGACGCCAAGCCCCCCGUAACCAUGAGCCCCCCCGCCGCGCUCUCCACCGAAGUCGUGCAGGCCCUCAAGGCCGACCCGCGCGCCGUCCCGCUGCGCGAUCAGAGCGCGCACUUUUACGGGUUGGGGACGCGGAUGUUGGAUUUAUUCGAGGAUAAGGAGCUCGCGGAGGUAUUGAGGAAGACGUUUGUUGUUAGGGCUGCGGAGGUCGGAUUGCAUGCCGGGAAAGUAGGGGAUGAUGUUCCAGUGGGUGGGGCGGGGGAGGAGUUUCUGAGGGGGUUGGAUGAGUGGGAGAGGGGGCUGUUUAGGAAGGCGCAUGAGGGGGCGAAAGGGACGAAGGAGUGGAUGGAGAAUGUGAAGAAGAGUUGA